GCCGGCAAGGCAUGUCACAUAUUAUUAUUUUAUUGAGGAGACCCACCCCCAGCAUCGGAUCAGUCUAGACCGAGGGAAAGUGUUUCCAUAUAUUGGAAUUUCUGUCAGCGGCUAUGCGGACCGGUGGAAAGACAUGUCCAUAUGCGAACAACGAUCUCCUGCCUCGCUCUGUCUUGUCUCGCCUCAUAAAAGUCAGUUCUGUCUGGUCCAAAUGUCCCCCCCAAGCAACCCACAUCCCUCGCAAUGUCCCCCGUCGCUUUCCCCACACACCGUGCAGCCGUCCUCUAUGGCCCAAAGGACAUCCGCAUUGAGGACCGUCUCGUAUGGCCCCCUCAAUAUGACCAAGUCCAGGUCGCUGUAAAGUCCACCGGCUUGUGUGGCAGCGAUCUACACUACUACACCGACGGCAGGAACGGUGACUUCGCCGUCCAGAGCCCUCUCGUGCUUGGUCACGAAGCAGCUGGCGUCGUCGUAUCCGUCGGCCCAGGCGUGAAGCAUCUCGUUCCAGGUCAACGUGUCGCCAUCGAGGCUGGUGUCAUGUGCCGCCAAUGCGACUACUGUCGCUCUGGUCGGUAUAAUCUCUGCAAAUCACUAUGGUUCGCCAGUAGUGCCAAAACAAUCCCUCACCACGACGGCACGUUGCAAGAUCGCAUGAACCACCCAUCACAUGUCCUUCAUCCUCUGCCUGACAACUGCUCCUUCGAAGUAGCAGCGCUGGCAGAACCAUUGUCCGUCUUGAUACAUGCCAGCAGACGAGCCAACCUUCAAAGGGGCCAGCGCGUUCUCGUCUUCGGCGUCGGUUCUAUCGGCAUUCUUGCUUGUGCCCUUGCAAAAUCAUAUGGUGCUGCCCAAGUGGCAGCCGUAGACAUCAACCAACAACGUUUGAACUUCGCAAAAUCAAACGGUUUCGCCUCUCGAACCUACUGUUUACCUGCGGUCGACAGGGCCAAGACGACCGACGAACAACUUCGGCGGGCCAGAGAGAACGUUCAGCGAGUCUUGGCAGAUUUCGGUACACCCGACGGCUACGAUAUCGUCUUCGAAUGCACAGGUGCCGAAUCGUGCAUCCAAAUGUCAAUAUACGCCGCCGUAACCGGAGGCAAGGUUAUGUUGGUCGGCAUGGGGUCGCGCAACGUCAUGUUACCCCUCUCCGCAGCUGCCCUCCGUGAGGUGGACAUUCAGGGCUCGUUUCGAUAUGCCAACACCUACCCGACCGCACUUUCAUUACUUUCUUCAGGAAAGCUGCAAAACGUCGAAGAACUGGUUACUCAUCGUCUACGGCUGCACGAGACUGCUCGCGCAUUCGACCUAUUAGCACGGGGAAGGGAUGAACAAGGGAAUAUGGUUAUGAAAAUUAUGAUCGCCCCUUGAAACUUGUUUGAUUUUCUGCCCCAUAUCACUUCAUUUCAUCGGUAUUCAUCAACGACCCACAUUUUCCGUUAUUCGUAAACGCACUCACAUCGACGACGCAUCACGGCAUUCUUGUUUUAUCUUUUGUGUUAUUUAAAGGACGUUGCAACGCUGCGCUACACUCCUCAUCAUUCUCACUGACAGUUGGCCUUGUUUCUAAUAUUGACUCAGCAUUUUUAAGUACAUGCUUUCAAAAUAAACCCUCCAUUCUGUACUAGAUCGGGCUUUGAGCCUGAAACCGCUAGCCACGUACGCGAUGACUUCCUUUAAAAGCUACAUGCUGUG